CCGGGUUGAUACAGGAUUCGGCUAAUCCUACUCAACAGGAAGUGAAUUCGAUUCUACGUACUUAUAUUCUAUCACAGUUGCUCUAUUUACCUGGAGGGACUACUUCGUUCGAUAGGCAUCUUCUUGAUGCGAACGAUGCUCUCACCAGCUUACUCCUUGGAGGAAAUUUACAAUUUUACACAACUCCACUGGUCUUAC